AUGGCCCCGAGAAUCAAGCGUCCACGCUCCCCAACGCCUUCGCUCGGCGACAUCGCCUCGCCGUUCCCCGAUUAUCCGCACCCCACGCCCACGGAGGCCGCAGAAGUGCACGCCCUGCUGUCAGCAACCCACCCCGACCUCGCGAAGCGCCCCCGCGUGCCGUCCGAGGCGAACGACUCCGCGCGCACCUGCGGCAGCGUGCCGAACGUGCUCGAGUCGCUCAUCGGCACCAUCCUCAGCCAGAACACUUCGUCACGCAACUCCAUGGCCGCCAAGCGCGGGCUGGACGCCGCGUUCGGGCGCAACAACUUCGCCGCGAUCGCAGACGCGAAGACGGCGGACGUGGUGGAGGCGAUCAAGACCGGGGGACUCGCGAACAAGAAGGCGGGCGUCAUCCAGAAGAUCCUCGCGGAGGUGCACAGGCGGCACGGCGCGUACUCCCUGCAGCACCUCGCGGGCGCGGACGUGAAGGGCAAGGGCAAGGCGGCGGGUGGGGCCCCAGCCUCGGACGAGGCGGCCAUGCAGGAGCUGGUGUCGUACGACGGCGUGGGCCCGAAGACCGCGUCGUGCGUGCUGCUGUUCUGCCUGGGCCGCUCCUCGUUCCCCGUCGACACGCACGUCUUCCGGCUAUCACGCCUCCUGGGCUGGGUCCCGCAGAAGGCGGACAGGGUGACGGCACAGGCACACCUCGACCUCACAAUUCCCGACGACCUGAAGUACGGCCUGCAUGUGCUGAUGGUCGGGCACGGCCGCCGGUGCAAAGGAUGCAAAGGUGCAGGCGGCGGGAAGGGCGCACCGUGCGUGCUGAAGACGUGGCUCCGGGAGAGGAAGGGUGCAAAGGAGGAGGAGCUUGAGGCGAAGAUCGAGGACGUAGAGCGGUCGGAUGCGUUGGCGACACUGCUACCUGUGAAGGCAGAAGAUUGA